CAGGUUUUUCCAUUAAAGCCAAAAAAUUCUUGCGCCGCCGAGUCCCGCCUUUCUCUCUCUUGCUAAAUAGUGAUCCAUCGGAAUGUUGCUCAGCGAGCUCGGCCUCUGCGCUUUCCUGCCAAAUACUGACUCUCUUGGUUGUGACCUGUUUUCUUCACCGGGCUGCGCCGCGACGGUUACAGGCGGUUACACGCGGACACGAUCCGGUCGCUGCUGCGCGCAGACACGAGACUCGCACCGACACCGAGCGACGUUAAUCAUAUCAAACAGUCGCUGCUCUGCAGUGCAGCGGCGGCUCGGCAGGUGGCGCUCGUCUUUCCCCGUGUACAGAGUCGCGGAGCAGACCGGGGACCAGUGAUCUGAUCCGGAGUCAGGUCCUCCAGCUGUUCACGGAGUCAACAGGAAUAACAGCUGAUCUCGAAGCAGCUGGUAGAGAGGAGCGGGCGAAAUCGCCUUCGUUCUGUGCGACCGGAACGGCACAUCGGGGCGGUGUUUGUGCACGUUACGUCUACACUGAUCGACACGAAGCGACAGCACCGCUCGCCCGGGAGACUCAGGUGAUACAAAGCAAAGUGACCGGCAGUUACACUCCAGCCAGAGCGGAGGAAUUCGGGUCAAAGAACCGAGAAGCCGAGUCUCCGCCACAGUCGACCGCCCCGGUGCGACCCGGUCCAACCCGGUCCAGAUCCAGGUCCAUGAGAGCGCCGCAGGGACGUAGUCACACUCACACAGCGGGACACCCUGGAAGAGACGGACGGGCCGCAGGGGGAUGCCGGACACCGCGCACUCGACGUGACAAUCGUCGCGGCAAGAUGUGAGAUGAACCGGGAGAAAACAUCGACCGAGGCCAGCGACAUCAUGUCGGUCCGGAGCCCGCCCGGACGAGGCCGAGCCAAAGUCACUCAUGCGGUGGUGGUGAUCUUCCUGGAGUUCUUCGCCUGGGGGCUGCUGACCACGCCCAUGCUCACCGUUCUCCACGAGACGUUUCCUCAGCACACCUUCCUGAUGAACGGCCUGGUUCAGGGAGUGAAGGGCUUCCUGUCAUUCCUGUCGGCUCCUCUGAUUGGUGCUCUCUCAGACAUCUGGGGCAGGAAGUCCUUCCUCCUCAUGACGGUCUUCUUCACCUGUGCCCCCAUCCCCUUCAUGAGGAUCAGCCCCUGGUGGUAUUUUGCUCUGAUCUCGGUCUCGGGGAUCUUCGCCGUGACCUUCUCGGUGAUCUUCGCCUACGUCGCCGACAUCACGGAGGAGCACGAGAGGAGCACGGCCUACGGCCUGGUCUCGGCGACCUUCGCAGCCAGCUUGGUGACGAGCCCCGCCAUCGGGGCCUACCUGUCUGCCCAAUACGGGGACAGCCUUGUGGUCCUGGUUGCCACGGUGAUCGCUGUGGCGGACAUCGCCUUUGUGUUCUUCGUCGUCCCCGAGUCGCUGCCGGACAAGAUGAGGCUGACGUCCUGGGGCUUCCCCAUCUCCUGGGAGCAGGCCGACCCCUUCGCUUCGCUGCGUCGUGUGGGGAAAGACACCACAGUGCUGCUGAUCUGCGUCACAGUGUUCCUGUCCUACCUGCCGGAGGCCGGACAGUAUUCCAGCUUCUUCCUCUACCUGAGACAGGUGAUCGAGUUUUCUCCUGCCACCAUUGCCGCCUUCAUCGCCAUGGUGGGAAUCCUGUCGAUAGUCGCACAGACCCUCCUCCUCAGCGUCCUCAUGAGGACCAUAGGGAACAAGAACACGGUUCUGCUCGGUCUCGGCUUCCAGUUCUUCCAACUCGCCUGGUACGGCUUCGGCUCCGAGCCCUGGAUGAUGUGGGCGGCAGGAACAGUAGCAGCCAUGUCGUCCAUCACUUUCCCAGCAGUCUCCGCUCUGGUGUCACACAGUGCAGCACCUGACCAGCAAGGUGUGGCUCAGGGGAUGAUCACAGGUAUCCGAGGUCUGUGUAACGGUCUGGGUCCGGCUCUCUACGGCUUCAUCUUCUUCCUCUUCAACGUGGAGCUGGACAACAUGGAGCCGGUGGAGGGGCGACCCGCCAAGAACACAGAGAGGUCCGUCAUCCCCGGCCCUCCCUUCCUGUUCGGAGCUUGCGCCGUCUUAUUCGCCCUCCUCGUCGCCGUCUUCAUCCCGGAGCACCAGCCACUGACCGACGUCAAGACCGGCUCAGCGCGCAAGUCCAGCGGUGCCGGCGCCGCACACGCUCAGAGCGCCGGCCCUCUGGCCACGCCCACCAGUGACAUGGAGGACAUCGAGCCCCUCCUACAGGACAGCAGCAUGUGACUGACAGCCUCCUCUGCAGGUCCCGCCCCUUUCAAAAUAAACCAGCUUUUUUUUUAAUUUGAUCUGAUUUUUAUCAGAUUCCAAUUGUUCAGAUGAGAAUCUGGGAACGUCGGGCGGCGAGCGCACUGACCAGCUGCAGACACUUAUUCAUAUUUCAUUUAGCUGCUCCACGUCAUCAUCAAUCUGUCGAUCAGCAGAAAAUAAUUUCUGAUUAUUGAUAAUUACAAACGAAUCUUCUCUAUCGGUAAACUGAAUCUGCUGCUACACUUUAUUAUUUUAAACACUGUGUAAACAGGCGUGUCGUCACACAUCAGUGUCAACAACAACAAUAUUUAUUCAUAUCAGUAAUACACAUAUGAUAAUAUCAUAUCAGUUUCACUCUCAGAACAGAUCUGAUCCCGAACAGACAAGUUGAAGAUGAAUUUGAUUCAAUUAUAAUUUUUUAAAAUCCAUUUUUCUACAGAUGUUAAUAAUAUAUAAUAGAUCCACGAUUAUAUCUUUAUCGUGGAUCUAAGAUUGCAACAUCAAAUUAAAAACAAAAACAAACUCAAUGAUUCAUGGGUGAAUGAAGAAAAGAUGAUGACAUCACUUCCUCUGUCGUUUCACACUCACGAGUCACCUACGACUCGGGGCUGCAGAGCUCCCUCGCCGCGCGGAGGUGUGUUGAAUUGGCUUCACAGCUGAUGUGUUUUCUAACUGAAAAGUUCCCCGGGACGGUGAUGUCACAGCCGAUCAAACCUCUCGUCUGCACCUCUCUGUUACUAUGACAACAGUAGGCCACACCGAGCAUGUGCGGAAACCGACCGGCCGUGACGUCAUCGUCCUCUCCUGGGAAACGUUGUGACGGUUUAUUUGAAUUGAGCGUUGGAAUCAUUCAAAGCUCUGGACGGAGACUCAAGAUCUGGACUUCAUGAUUCCAGUUUGAGAUUUAUUGAUCCAGACUCUCGAGUCAGUCGCUCCAAUCUGAGGCUCUUGGUUUUUAUAUCUCAGGUUCUGAUUUAUUAGAACAUUUGAUUAGUCUGAUUUAUUAUCAUGUGACGACAAGACUUCAGGAAGUGGAACGACCUCAUCAAAGAAAACACAAGAUUAGUUUUAACAGACGCUUUGUGUCACGAGCUCAGAUGAUCUGUUCAUAUCCUCAGAUCAUUAUCAGUGAUCUGGUGUUUAACUCCAUGAGACGUGUGAUGCGAUGCUGCUGCUCCUCGAGUUACUGACCUCCUCCUCUGUGCUCUCGCCGCCGAGUUCAACUUUCAGAAUCUGCAGGUUUUAAAAACCAAAUUGUGCCAUUUUUUUUUUCUUCAUCCUUUUUACGUUUGUUUGUUUGUUUGUUUGUUUGUAUGUUUGUUUGUUUGUGAAAAGGUCAAACCGCCACAUUCCAGGGAAAGACGGAGAUUCUCUGAUUGGCAUCAUCGGACGUGGCGUUUGUGGCCGCCGAGCUGAAACGGUCGACUCCGUCACGUCUGUCGCUCGCUCCACGUUACUGUAGAUGAGACGUGAUGCAUUUAGGUUCUGUCGGAUGUUCGGGCAAACACGAGCUCCUGACUGCGGUGGGUGGGCUCGUGUCUGCCCCCUGGUGGCGGGUACAGGUCUGAGUACAGGAUCAUGUGUCCAGUGUUUUCAUGAACGCGAACGCACCCCCAGGUUCCAUCGUACCUCGGAAGUCGGGUUUAUCGUUCCAAUACAAUUUUCGGAAUUACGACCUCCUUGAUGUCGGAAAAAAAUCACCACCCCGACUGCUGAGGUAGAAUGGAACACAAGGGGGGGGGCAUCAACACCCUGUGUCCUGUCGCCGGGGUCGAUGAUGUCAUGGCAGUCGAUGAUGUCGUGUUUGAUGAUGUCAUGGCAGUCGAUGAUGUCGUGCAGCUUCAUGAAUCACUCACGUUCUAGCCACGGCGGAUUUGUCCGUUGACGCAGCAGGAUGUUUUCAUCCAGACCUUAUUUUCUAACUCAAAUUAAAAUCUUUAGAUUUCUGGCUCAUUAAAAUUUUUAAUCUCUCGCUCCUUUUAAAAAACCAAACUCCUCCGACUCGACUGAAACUUGAAUCUUGUUUUUCGGUCGUUGAAGAUUUCAAACGGAGACAGAUGAUCCUACAGGAUGUUUUUCUACAGGUCAGUCUGCAGAGAUGUUACUGAAUGUCCCAGAAUGCAUCACUUCGUAUGUGUCUGGGUCUUCGUCCCGUCUGCCGCCUCGUUCAUGUGUCACUGGAAAGUUUCUCUCUCGACAUCAGCAGAUAUUAUUUUAUAUUUCAACAUUUGUUUUGGUCUCGACUCUAGUUUUGUUUUUUCCUCCAGUUAUUAUACGUCAGUUGUUCAGACAUUUAACAUCUGACAUCCGAGUUUUACUAAACGUGAUAUUGACUGAAGUGAAACUUUCCAGUGACGACGACGACAACGAUGUGUUUUUAAUCGUCGGGUCUUCAUGAAUCUGUUUACUGAGAAAUUAUUAUCAUUCGAAGAGAAACAGUUACUGAUGCAGUCAAAUACAUGACAUAGUAAUAUUGAAUAUAUGGGUCAUAUAUAUAUAUAUAUAUAUAUGUGACAGUAUUACUCCCCUCUGACGCUGCACUUUAAUUUCUCUGAAUGUGCCUCGAAAUCAUUCUCUGUGUUCAUAUCAGUUUUUGUAUAGAAACCAAGAGACGUGUUGUUGUUGCAUCUUUUAUCUUCUUAAGAACCUAAUUUUGAAUAAUAUCUAUGAUGAUAAUAAUAAAGAGAACAGUAUUGAAUUUGA